AUGCUCCGGGGCUCCGGUCUGUGGCUGGUGCUGAGCUUCUCCAGGAGCUGGGGCGGACAGGUGGUGUUGGCUGGGUGUGGAGGGUGGGUGUGCAGGGUCGGGGACACGCUGUGCCGGUGCCAGCCCCCCGCAUCCUCCUCCCGCGGGCUGGGCUUGGGAGCUGCGGGGCGGGGCGGGGGCGGUGGCAGCUCCCGGUGGAGCACGGAGAGAAAGGCAAGGCAGCUCCCGGUGGAGCACGGAGGGACAGGCAGCUCCCGGUGGGGCACCGAGGGAAAGGCAAGGCAGCUCCCGGGGAAUCGCGGAGGAGGCUCCGGCGGAGGUUUUGCCGGGCGGGGUCACCGUGGAGUGGCGGCUCCAGCCCGGUGUGCGCGCCCCGGCGGGACCGGGGGCUCUGGACCGGCAGCACCGGGUCCUGGUGAGAAGCGGGGGAAAGCACCGAGACACGUCCCAGUCCCGGUUCGUCUUCACCUGCCCACCCGGGCCGGUCCUGCGUCGGAUGCUGCCAUGUAUCCCAGGAUUAAAAGCCUGGCGCUUUACACCUUCUCCAUCACGCUGCUGGCCUGCGUGUUUUACAUGAAGAAGGAGGCGAAGUUGGCAGCGUCGUCAGCAGAGCAGAAAGUGGAUGUGGUGGGUCACAGACUGCAGCCUUCGCUUCUGGACAGUGCUGAGCACAGCAAGUGUUUGCCCAACUUGACCUUUGCCAAUUCUUCUUUCUCCCUCCCCGAGCCUCACCGCGUCUUCUUAACCUACAAGCACUGCAGGAACUUCUCGGUCCUGCUGAGGCCUUCCAGGUGUAGCAAAGACAUGUUCCUCCUGCUGGCCAUCAAGUCUUCCCCCAUCAACGUGGACCGGCGCGUGGCCAUCAGGAACACGUGGGGCAAGGAGGGCUCCAUCGGGGGCAGGCGCGUCAGGCUGGUGUUCCUGCUGGGGCGCUCCGAGGCCAAAACCCAGCUGCAGCCCCUGCACCAGCUGCUGGCUUACGAGAGCCAGGAGUUUGAUGACAUCUUGCAGUGGGAUUUUGUUGACAACUUCUUCAACCUGACCCUGAAGGAGCUGCAUUUCCUCCGCUGGUUCACGGAGGACUGCCCGCAGGCCAGGUUCGUGCUCAAGGGCGAUGAUGAUGUGUUUGUCAACACUUACAACAUCGUUGAGUUCCUCCGGGAGCUGGACCCUGAACAGGAUCUCUUUGUUGGGGACGUGAUCGCCAACGCUCGGCCCAUCAGGAACACCAAGGUCAAAUACUUUAUUCCAGAGCCCAUGUAUGGAGCCACCUUCUAUCCUGUCUAUGCAGGAGGAGGGGGAUAUGUGAUGUCCAGGGAGACAGUGCAUCGCCUCCAGAGCACUGCAGAGGACAUGGAGCUCUUCCCCAUAGAUGAUGUGUUUGUGGGAAUGUGCCUGGCAAAGAUGUCAGUGACCCCAAAGAACCACGCUGGCUUUAAGACUUUUGGCAUCCAGAGACCUUUCAAUCCUUUUGAUCCCUGCUUGUACAAAGAGCUGAUGGUCGUGCACAGGCUGAACCCAACGGAGAUGUGGAUCAUGUGGACGCUGGUGAAGGAUGACAGCAUUAGGUGUGCAGUGUCAGUGACACACAGCUACAGCAGGGGCUGGAAAAGGAUCUCCUGAUGAGCCCAGUGGGAUUGUGGCUGGUGACAGGGUACUUGAACUAAAAACCAGGUUGUGGUAGAAACGUGUCCAUUACUAACAGAUUGCACUGGAGCUGUGGUGGGUUGGUUUGCAGUGAGUGUUUUUCUGUUGGGGAUCACUCGAAGCAGUUGAAUUGUCACAGGGUGGCUGGUGGCUUUGUGACACACAGUGCAGGGAACUCGGCUCCUUCCAGCCAGACUGUGCUGGGGGAAGUCACAAGAGCCACCUGCACUGGUGUCUGACUGCCAGCCAAAGUCAGUCUCGUGGGGCAGCCAGCAAUGACUAACGAGUGACAGAACAUUUGAAAUUUGCUUGAAGGCACAGAAGAAAGGCCAAUGUGUCCUGCUGGGUGUGCUGGGUGGGCAGCAACCCCACAGCUCCUACCAGUCAGCAGGAGAAAGGGAGUGGAGUGGGGAAGGAAAAGCUUCACAAAAUAUAUGGCUUUAACACAGCAGUGAUGAUGAUCUGAGGAACUGGGCUCUGCCUCUGGCCCUUUGGCUUUUACAGAAACUCACAACAAGUUUACAUGCACUGGAAACUUUAGCACAAACACUUUCUGAUCUGGUUUGAGAGGAGCCAUGUGUCUUGAAUAAUCACAGUGGUAGGAAGAGUAGCUGUAGCUUCCCAUGUUGUGUGGGAGAUGUUCAUUGUUGUUGUUGUUGUAAUGUUGUGUAUAAAUAAAAUAGUUUUGAAAAGUA